CACUUCGUCGGUAGUCGGUGCCCUUCCCUGGAAGAGUACCGCUUGCUGACGUACCUUCCUUUCCACUGGAGAGAGAGAGAGAGAGAGAGAUUCCGGUUCGGGAUCGAGCAGGAGGAGAAGGAGAGACCGGGGAGGAGGAGGACGGGAAGGAGAGGAGCGUGAAGAGAGAGGGAGGUUGAAUUUUGAUGGUAGUGGUCGCGGCCAGAGAAGGCGCAGCAGUGGAUCAUGGGUUUUGCGCAGUCGAAGAUCGAUCAGGAGGAGGCGGUGGUGAGGUGCAAGAACAGGAAGCAACACAUGAAGGACGCGGUAUGCUAUCGCAACGCCUUCGCCGCCGCCCAUUCCCACUACAUCAUGACCCUCAAGAACACCGGCCUCGCCCUUAACGACUACGGCCUGGGCGAGGUCAUCGAUGUCCCGUCUCUGACGACCUCCGCCCCAGUCGACCGCCUUCCGCCUCCGCCUCCCCUGCCCCCCGUGCACGACACCCAGCCAACCCCUCCCCUUCAGAAGGCCCUCAGCAUGCCCGACCUCAGCAUCCCCAAGCCCCCCGUCCACCGCGACGGCCCGAUCCAGGAGGAAGAGGAGGACGAGGAUGUCGAGGAGGCAGAGGACGCCUCUAGCAGCCGCACCCCGGCGACGCCGCCGCCGCCCCGCCCUCCUCCUCCGUCAGUCGACGCCACUCCGCCGCCUACAUCCGAGCGAGGAACUCAGUGGCAGGAAUACUUCUUUCCUGACGCGGAUUCUAUACCAGGAAUGUCCAUGGGCGAUCCCCCUCCGCCGCCCCCGCCAGAGGCCAGCCCCUCGCCUACUCCGCCUCCCGCUGUGAGGGAGAAGGAAAGCAGCAGCUACGGGAAGGCGUCACGCGAUUCAGAGGAUCGGAGGACUAGGGUUGAGGAGCCGCCGUCACAGACGACGCCGGUGAGUACGGUGCUUCCACCCAAGGCUCCGAAGAAGGCGAAGCAGAGCACGCAGCUGGUAGCCACGACCGGAGGGGCUAGGAGGGGGAAGGCCGGCAGCGCCAGCCUGGUCCUGAUCUUGAAGGAGUUGGAUGAUCAGUUUCUCUUGGCCUAUGAGAGCGGGGAUGUGGUCAGGAAGAUGCUUGAGGCUAAUCGACUGCACUACCACUCCAACUUCGCGGAUAAUCGAGGACAUAUUGAUCAUUCUGCAAGAGUUAUGCGUGUUAUCACAUGGAAUCGAUCAAUUAAAGGGAUACAGAACCCUGAUGAUGGAAAGGAUGACUUUAAUGCAGAAGAGGCUGAAACUCAUGCAACUGUACUUGAUAAGUUACUUGCAUGGGAAAAGAAACUUUAUGAUGAAGUGAAGGCUGGUGAGAGCAUGAAAAUUGAGUAUCAAAAGAAGGUGGCGAUGCUAAAUAAGCAAAAGAAACGUGGUGUUGGUCCUGAAACACUUGAAAGAGCUAAGGCUGCAGUAAGUCAUCUGCACACCAGAUAUAUUGUUGAUAUGCAGUCCAUGGAUUCCACUGUCUCAGAGAUUUGUCGAUUGCGUGAUGAACAACUAUACCAGAAACUUGUGGAGCUUGUUAGUGGGAUGGCUGAAAUGUGGGAGAAUAUGCGUGUCAGUCAUAAUAAUCAACUUAGGAUUUCUGGCGAUCUCAAGCACCUGGAUAUCUCAAAUUCCUGCAAAGAAACAAGUGAAUCUCACCACAAGCGCACGGAACAGUUGUGCAGGGUGGCAAGUGAGUGGGGAAAGGAAUUUGAGGAACUGGUGAAAAAUCAGAAGGAGUAUGUACGUGCACUGAAUCAUUGGAUACGACUUAGCUUAGUUCCCACAGAAAGCAGCCUAAAGGAGAAAGUUUCCUCACCACCAAGAGUUGUUGAUCCGCCCAUUAAGAUCCUAUUAAUAGCUUGGAAUGAGGAACUUGAGCAGCUGUCAGAGGAGGUAGCCAAGAAUGCCAUAACAGGCUUUGCCGCUGUUGUAGAUGCUAUUUUUAUGCAGCAAAAAGGGGAGCUCUCUCAGAAGCAGAGGCUGGAGGAUGCCAAGAAAGAUCAUGAGAGAAAGGUUCAGAAUUUUCAAGAUUGGCUGCAGAAAUAUAAACAGAAGAAGGGGCCAGAGGACAUCGACCCUGACAGAGCUGAGGGAGGUGAUGAGAAUGAUGUUGUUAUAACAGAGAAGAAAAGCGUCGUCGAAGCCAGCAAGAUGAGGUGGGACGAAGAGGCCGAAAAGUAUGAGAAGCUCUGCAAGCAAACGAGGGAGAAGUCAUUAGGCAGUCUGAAGACUGGUUUGCCUGGUCUCUUAACUGCCAUGGUUGAAUACGCCCGCUCUUGUGCUGUCGCAUAUGCUAAGAUCCGUCAAAGGGCCCAGCAUACACAGAAACUGACCUGAAGAUCUUGUACAAUUUGUUCUAUAGAAGAGGGCGUUCUUCCUUCAAGUCCUCUAUGCAGAUGAGCAUCGCUGAUCAUGUUUAUAUGUUCAUAAAACGGUCUUAUUAUUUGUCCUGUUGGCAGAGUGGCAGUCCGGAUCCUUCCUUUUGUUAGAAUUAUUAUCAGCAAAAAAUUCCGAGGAAUGGGUAUAUUUUUUUUUCUUUGUUUUUAUUCCUGUUUCCUGUCACCUGCUGUAAUUUGUUUCAACUAGUCAUAUAUUCUAUUUAUCGGAAAAUAUUUGUAUAAA